UCGGUCCCAAUGCUUGAAAGCAGAAUUUAAUUAAUUCAUCUGUAAUAAAUUUUCAAUUUCCACUUUGGAGCUAUGCCCAUAUUUUCUUUGCACUAUAAAGAGAAGAUGACAAAGAAGUGAAAUACACACAACUUAGGUAAAAAAAUAGGAACACAACAAAAUAUUGAAGAGGGAUUCUUUGUUGAGAGCUACAUACGAUGAGUAAUAAUGCUGAUUCUUUGGUAGCUAAGAGGCUAGAGGGUAAGGUAGCAUUGAUAACUGGUGGUGUUAGUGGCAUAGGAAAGAGCACAGCUAAGCUGUUUGUCAAGCAUGGAGCCAAGGUUCUUAUUGCUGAUGUCCAAGAUGAAUUAGGCCACUCUCUCUGCACAGAGCUUGGAACCCCGGAUCCCAUCAGUUACAUCCACUGUGAUGUGACAAGCGAAACUGAUGUAGAAAAUGCCGUGGACUUUGCUGUCUCCAAUUAUGGAAAACUUGAUAUCAUUUUUAAUAAUGCUGGCGUUGCAGGUGAGUUUGAAUUGAGAGCCAUAGCUACAGAUUUGGAGAACUUUAAGAAAGUACUUGAUGUCAAUGUGGUUGGCGGAUUCUUGGGUGCGAAGCAUGCUGCUAGAGUGAUGAUUCCAGCCAAAAAAGGGUGCAUUCUCUUCACUUGUAGCAUUGCUUCAUUGGUUUGCGUCGGUAUCCCUCAUGCCUAUACUGCAUCAAAGCAUGCUGUUGCAGGAUUGACUAAGAGCUUGAGCGUGGAGUUAGGAGAGUAUGGAAUUAGAGUCAAUUGCAUUUCUCCUCACGCAAUUGCGACUCCUAUGAUUCUGAAACCGUUCGGAUUAUCGGAUAAGACAAAGGCAGAGGAGGCGAUUUCUACAACAGCUGUCUUGAAAGGGACGAUGUUGGAGCCAGAAGAUGUUGCGCAGGCUGCCCUCUUUCUAGCAAGCGAUGAGGCCAAGUAUCUGAGUGGUGUCAAUUUACCGGUUGAUGGGGGCUUUAGUCUCAACAAUCCAACAUGGAAAAAGGGACUGGAAGAACUUGCGCAAUGCUGAACAGAUUCUGCCUUCACAAGUUCUAAUUUUACUCUAAUCCAGGCUACUAAGUUUAGGGGUUAAUGAUUCAUAUAUGUUUGAUUUACCCUCUGAACAUUUAUUUCUUAAGUUAUUGAUAAACUUGCCUAAUGCCAUUAUAUUAGGUAUGAUUAAUUAUAAAAAUAGAAGUGUUUGGUUCCAUUGUCCUAUUACCUAUCAAAUAUGAUAAUUACAAAGAACCAAAAGCUCUUUUCUUAACGAAUAUCAGCCACAAAAGAAAAAGUAUCAUAGUUCAAGUUUUUU